AUGGAACCCGUUCCCGAGACCGAGAGAAUGGAGGAGUUCCGAUCCUCGCCUCUUCACUCGCUCCGCAUACAGAACCCGGCCCUCCUCCCUUCUGCCGUUGCCGAGCCCGAACCUCUGCGAAAACCUCCCACUCUGCGCCGCCAAACAGAUCCAAGUCCCACUUCUCCGACUGCCCCGUCUUGGACUUUUACCCCUCUACCCUAUCGGCCCCGUACGACCUCGCCCCUCUCUGGUCAUCACACGAGAUCGAGGUCUGCAGCAAGCUUGGCUCCCCCAAUAUCUCGCACACAGUCAAUGCCCGGCGUCAAUGCCGCUGGUCAUAUCCUGUUCUCUCCUCAACUUCGCCCCUCCAGCCCGUCCGGGUCACCCAACCGCGUUCGAACCCCGCGGAAGCCUGUCGACGAGGCGUUUCCCACCUCGCCCAUUCGCACCUCAGUCUUGGAGCCGGAUCGCAAGCUUACUGAGCGCAACAGUUCCCCAAGCUCGAUGGGAACAACGCCCUCCAUGAUCCUUCCCCGACACCGUCGUCCGUCUUCGCCAUUACGACAUCCCGGCCAUUCUAGCGCUGGAUCGCUUCCGAUGCCCACUACGCCUACAUCUGCAACCGCCUCGCCGUCUUUCAGAGGAUACGAUUCCUUCUCUCACGGCUAUGGUGUUUCCGCUUCGUUCCCGUCGUUCCCGUCUUCAUCGGUUCCCUCCACCCCAACUUCGACGAGGUCGAGAAGCCCAAGCAUCUCUAGUCUCGAGACCAUACCAGACUCACCUGAUGCCGAGGAAGCUGCUAUGGAAGCAGAGAGGAUCGCUCAGCUCAAGGCUGCUGCUGAGGCUGCCGAGGGUGGCGAUACUGGAGAAAAUAAGGGUAAAAGCAGCCUGGACCUACCUUCGCGGGGCAGAACGUUGGGCUUUGGGUCACGGGACAAGCGGAAAAGGUGGAGUGUUUGCGGUGCUGAACGACGGCAAGAUCUCGACCUGGAAACGAUUUGGGAAGAUUGA